GGAGUAGUGGGUGACCCCUAAAUUCAAUGAACGAAAGCCACCACUUUCAAGUCUUGGCUGGAACUAGAAGUCGUCUCUAUGGGGUAAACGUUUGAUGCACAUAUCAAAAAUCAACUCGCCAACCAUAAUGGACUUCGUUGAUAUCUUGUUUACCCUUCAAUUCAUCUGUUUCUGUCGUUACACUUUUUGAAGAUUUCCAGAUGAAGGAAAGUAAUUUGCAGACUUCGUUGAUAUGUUUAGACCUCUGUAUAUUCCUUGUUAUCUUCUUAUCAAGAACAACUUCUGCUGCUUAUUAUCCUUAUGAAGCAUGUGUCCCCAGGAAUUGCGGCCUUGGUCCGAACAUAAACUUCCCAUUUUACAUCCCAGGGCUGCGAGAAUCUUUCUGUGGAUACCCUGGAUUUGCGCUGAAUUGUAGCCAACAAGGAUUUCCAGUUCUUCAGUUGUCUGGAGAUGAAUAUGUUGUCCAAGAAAUUUUCUAUGAGACACGAUCUCUCCGGGUAUACAACGCAGCUGUCUUAAGUUCAAACGGCACUGGUUGUCUUCCAAGAACGAUCAGAAACACGACUCUCCCGACAAGCACGUUCGGUUUCUCCGGUAACGUGACACGGCUCCGUUUGUUCUCCAACUGCACUAAUUCGUCGCCCGAGAAUCUUUGGAGGCACAGAGUUGGCUGUGAUGGGAAUGGUAGAGAUAGAUGGGAUUUGGCGAUAUAUGAUAAGGAUGAGAAUUUUACAAAUAUUGCAUUGAAAAACUGCGAGAGAAACGUGGUUGCACCGGUAGAAGAUGAUGGAAACAGCGGCCCAGGAAAUGUUGAUGAAGUCUUGAGAAGGGGGUUUGUCUUGAACUGGACAGCAAAUGACUGCAGUCCAUGUGAACUAAGUGGUGGCCGUUGCGGCUUCAAUGAGACUAUUUACCAUUUUAGAUGCUUCUGCCCUGACAGGCCUCAUUCUAGGAGCUGCAGACUUGUUUCAGGAAAAAGCAGACUAAAAAUAAUUUUAAUACCAAGUUUUGCGGCUGCUCUAAUUGUAGUAACCACCUUCUUAUUAGUCUUAGUGAUUUUGAUCAAGAGGAAGAGGAUGAAGAAUGCAUUCAACUACAAGAAGGUGGAAGUCUUUUUGAAGAACCAUGGAAGUCUUGCACCACGAAGAUACAAAUACUCAGAACUCAAGAAAAUGACCAAGUCAUUCAGUGACCACUUAGGCAGAGGAGGGUAUGGGAAUGUCUAUAAAGGAAAGUCGCAAGACGGGCGUCUCUUGGCCAUCAAAAUUCUAAACGAAUCCAGAGAUGAUGGGGAGGAAUUCGUGAAUGAGGUCGCGAGCAUCAGUGCAACUUCCCAUGUUAACAUUGUCACACUUGUCGGAUUCUGCUUUGAGGGCUCUAAAAGAGCUCUUGUAUACGAGUUCAUGCCGAAUGGCUCUCUUGACAGGUUCAUAUGCGGUACUUCUUUAUCAGAUGCAGACCGCUUGGAGUGGGGAAAAUUGUUUGAGAUUGCAGUGGGAAUUGCUCGUGGGCUUGAAUACUUGCAUCGUGGCUGUAACACGAGAAUCUUGCACUUGGACAUAAAGCCUCACAACAUUCUCCUAGACAAGGAUUUUAAUCCAAAAAUAUCAGAUUUUGGGCUAGCUAAACUAUGUCCUGAUAGAGCCAGCAUCAUAUCAAUGUCCGGGACAAGAGGGACGAUAGGUUACAUAGCUCCAGAGGUAUUCUGUAGAAACUUUGGAGAUGUUUCGCACAAAUCAGAUGUCUACAGCUAUGGCAUGAUGGUGUUGGACAUAGUUGGAGAAAGGAGAAACAAUAAUCCAAAAAUCGAUCAUGAUCAUUCUAGUCAAACGUAUUUCCCACAUUGGAUAUAUAAGCACCUUGAACUGAACGACGAGGAUGGCAUUGUGGGGGGAGAAGAAUGCCAUCUCAUAAAGAGAAAACUAGCAAUUGUUGGGUUGUGGUGCAUACAGACUAAUCCAAAAGAUAGGCCGUCGAUGAGCAGAGUGGUGGAAAUGCUGGAUGGAAGAGUUGAGUCAUUGCAAGUCCCACCAAAGCCUUACUUGUCUUCACCCCCUAGACCAGCAGCAGCCCAUGAUGCUUCAGUUUCUGACUCAUCAAUGUAGUUUACUACCAUGUUUGCAUUUGUUACAACAUUGUAACGACGUCGUUACCGUCAUAGCUUCUACCAUGAAUGUGAAGUAAGAAGCUCUUAGAGUAUUACAGCUUGUUUGCAAUAUCAAAAGAUCGGGAAAUGAUGAUUCCACGAUCCCAAAAGUUGCAAACUUUUGAACAGAAUCAUACUAAACAUAUUCUUAGUCAUACAUUUAUAAGAAAUUUUUUAAAAUGA